GGUGUUGCACCGUCGGUCGGGAUUUAAUUCUGUGCGCGGCGCCGAGCGACAGCGACGAGUGAAACGCCUGUCGAGGACGCUAAACAAAGAAGUAGUGCGUCUACGACUGCCACCCCCGGAAGGAGCAGACUGUGUCCGCGAGUCCGAAGCCCCGUUCGCGAGUGACAAAAUCAGGUGCGGGAUUAAGCUGUGCGGCGAUUUCAACUCUCGGGAGAGUUUAAAGUGGCGCUUGCUGGACCGAAAAAAACUUGUAUUUCGUCAUGCUGCCCCUCGGGGUUGAAGGAGAAUUGUGGUCGCCGUAAGGGCGCGUAAUGCUGAGAGAGGAAUAGCUGCGCAUCAUCAUAAUCAUCUUCAACUGCAACCACAACUGAGAAGCAGCAAAAUGAUCAAGUCACCUGCGCUGGUUCCCCUGCUCGCAGGAGGAUUUUUAUGCCUGCUUUUUGCGGGAGUGGUCUUUGCGGGAGGCAGCCAGCAAAAUGUCUCGACAGUCGCCCCAAAAGCUACCAACGAGAGCUCGGCUCCCCUGAACAGUAACGUUGUAGCAGUCACAGCAAGGGAUGCUGAGGUUUCGACGUCUGAAAAACCACCGUGCAUCGACUGCGCGGAGGACACGUCAAAACUGGUCGAUCCUGUGGCCAAAGUGAACCAGAUCGACGUCAACAAAUACAACGCCGAGUCGAUCGCCGACGAGUACGGCGAGCGGCUCAGGGAGUCCAUCCACCUGUCACCCUCCUCAGUGGACGAGCGAAUCCGCCAGCUGUCCGAAGAGGUGCACAGAAAUUUCAACAACCACAACAAAUUCUUCGACGAGCCGGCCUCAGAGUCGACCAUCUCGCCUGCGCCGUCGGAGCAAUCGGUCCAGCCGACGAGCACCUUCAGCGAGCCGGCCUUUGCCGCGGCCAACAACGACUGGACGCCGCUCAUCUCCCAAUCUUUCCACACGCCGGAGCUCCCGAAGCAGUACUCCAUGCUUGACAUCGGUUUUGUUAGCAAAAUCCACUACGACCACACUCAGGAGCCGAACAGGUUCGUCAAGUCUUCAGUCAUGUUCGUGGACGGUGGGGACAUGACGGGAUUCGUCUCGUCCUCCAACUUCAAGUACGAGCAGACCAUCACUCCGUCCAUCAAUCCGACCACUGUCACCACCGUGGUGCACACUAGUGCCACAUACGACAGCAAUGAGAAUGGUUACUACAAGGAGGAGCCUGAGGAGGAGCCAGUAUUGAAUGUGACCCUCUCCUCUGAUGCCGUGCACACCGUCGUCACCAACAACGGGUCAAACCUGCUGAAUGACACACUGACGUCGUCAACGCACAACAACGUCACCGUCAACAAAGAGUAUCACAGCAUCAAGAACCUGACCACCAUCAUCCCCCGGAAUGGAUCUGUGCAAAACGUGACUGACGUAGAGCUGGUACCCAGCAGUUCCGAGUCCAAAUUGCUCAAGGAGGAGAACAACAGCAAGGAAAACGAGGCCGUCAACAAAGCUAACGAGACGAUCCAGGUGGUCAAGGAUAUGGAAUCCGGACAGUCUGUCACGGUUUCCACGUUCUCAGACAGAAAGGGUCUGCUGAAAAUGAACGAGUCAGAGCCGGUUGCUUCCGUGACGCCAAAGAGCAUUACUGUCAACGUCAUAAGGACGAGAAAGCCGUCUUCUGGCUUCAGGAGGAGGUCCUCUACCACUUCCACGACUAGCACCACAACCACGACCACAACCACUGAGGCUCCGCAAAUCGUCACUACUGUCAUUCCCGAAGACACAAUGGCCAUGGGCUCGGAGAGCAUGCUAGACUGCACCACAACGGAAGGUGAAGAGGUAGCCACGGAGGUGCCUCAAAAAGAAAACAAAGUUUUCACUCACACCUCAACCACCACAACUACAACCGUUUCCAAGUAUACCACGAACGACCCUCCAAAAAAAGGAGUUGAUGACCAGUCUCUCUUUGAGACGCCUAUCGAGGAAACCACUUACAAGGUUGUCUCGGAGAGCACUUCAGUUCACAGCGUCCAAUCGACUGGAACAACCAUCAACCCGUCCAAAAAUGAUGACGAUGACUGCGAGAUGGAAGAAAGCAGCUCCCCGGUCAGCACCAAUAACAAAGCCGCACCACACGAUAUUACUGAGGAUUCAACUGAGAUUCCCAUGGAGGUGAAAGUUUACUUGCAACUGAAAGUGUCCACCUCCUGGGAAGAGCUGUGCCGCACCCAAGAGGAUUUCAAGCGGGGAUUGGUGGACAUGAUCGCCAAGGCCACGAAGAAGGAAGUGUCUCCGGAUAGGGUUGUGAUUUUGAACGACCACGAGUGCCUAGAGCCACCGCCAGAGGAGGAGGAUGGAAUCUCAGUCCACUUGUACAUGCUGGACGAAGCCGGCGGCUACGACUACAACCUCACCAAGGCCUUCCCUGCCAUUUGGCUCAGCCAGAUUGAAAAGAAUCCCCUGAAGAUCACUUGCGUGGACCUUCGCUCCGCGAAUAAUGAGUCUUCUCCGUCGACGGGAGAAAAUGGAAGUGUGAUUGCAGCCAUUGCAAUCACUGGCAUUGCUGCAGGAUGCUUUAUCAUCCUAGUCAUUCUCAUGCUGAUCAUGAGGAAAAGACAAGCGAGAUACAGCUACGGUCAGAGGUGCACGCCUGUGUCGCUGGACGCCUACAGUUUGGACAGCGUGUCCGUCUACAACAGCGUGAGAAGGAAGGGAAACCACAGGGCCUCGAAAAGGUCCUACGGAAAUCCAAACUUUGAGGAUGGCGAGGGCCCGUCCCAACAGAUGAAUUUUGCCGGUCUGGCAAACUGCCUGAAUGACACGAAAGCAAUCCACGAAGAGUUCGCUCUCGUGCCCAUUAUCCAAGCCAGAUUGGACGAGCUGCCUCCAGGCGCCGAGACAAAGAACAGAUACGCCAAUGUGAUUCCACUGCCCGAAACCAGAGUUCCACUUACCAAAAGAGGGUCUGACCCCCUCUCUGAAUACAUCAACGCCAACUUCGUGCGGGGCCCAAAAUGCGCGCCUCGGUAUUACAUCGCUUGCCAGGCACCCAUGGAGUCGACCGUGGCAGACUUCUGGCGCAUGAUUUGGGAGCAGCAAAGCAAAGUGGUUCUCAUGCUGACGGACUUGGAAGAAAACGGCGUGGAAAAGUGCGCAGACUACAUGCCACCGUCGGAGGUGCUUGACUGCCACCGCUUGUUUGGCGAUUUCCACGUCACUCUCAAGAAGAGGGAGGAGAGAGACAAGUAUGUCAUCUCCACCCUUCAACUAAAGAACAUGGAGACAAACUCAUGGAGAGAGGUAACACACCUGUGGUACUUCGGCUGGCCGAGCACGGGGGUGCCGGACGAGGUGAACGCCAUCAUCGCCUUCAUUAUCGAGGCCCGUGCCUUCAUGAAGGGCAACUCGGGCCCGUCGGUGGUACACUGCAGUCCCGGCACCGGCCGCACGGGCACGGUCAUUGCGGCCGACUUGUGCAUCAGGGACUUCGAGAAGAGCAGGACGGUGGACGUGCCCAAGGUGGUGCACCGGCUCAGGAGGGACCGCGCUGGCGCUGUGCAGACAAAAGAACAGUACCUCUUAAUAUAUCAGAUUCUGAAUUUGUACGCAGCCAAGUUGACUGGCGGGGCCAUGGAAUCAAUUUAGACCCGAUCGACGAUCGACAAAUACAUAAUUAUGUAUUAUUAUCAGACUGCUCUUGAAAUCUGAACUAACUGAAAAGAACUGCACGAGUUUUAACCGUGAUAAAUGACACAUUUCGUGAUAAAUGAGAAAUUGCUUUUAUUUAAGAGUAACUAGGACUAAAUGUAAGCCGUUACAGCUGAUUAUUGAACUGUGGGACCAAUGUGUAAUGAUUAUUGCAGCGCUGGAGAGCUUGAGACCUGGUUUCGGCCCGUCAAGCUCUUGCAGUGUCAUAUCAACAUUUAACUAUAGAAAGUUAGAGAAGCACAAAUUGAUUGGACUGCCAUAUAUUACGUUCGAAAUUUAAUUCAUCGAAGUGCGUUGUAAUCAAUUCGGUAGCCAUGCGUUUCUGUGAUCAUCCAGAUAUAUAUUUUAUUUUUUUGAAGCUGUUGUCCUUGAGAGCUCUCUCAACUUGCGUAUUUUAUCCACUUUGUUCCUUGUUUGGCGGUUGACUUCAAAUUUGGUGUCAAUAACUAUCUAGUGAUUAAUGAUUUCCAUUGUUUGACAGCUAAUUUUGCAUCAUGCACUCCACAAAUUGUGUGUAAAUAGCAGGCGUAGUAGUAUGUGUAUAUCAAUAUGAGCAACAAGUAAGGGUAGAUCUCACCCGAUGUGAAUAAAUGUACGUUAUUCAAUUCUGUAUGUAUGCAUGCACCUUGAGAUUUCAGCGCGCUAUGAGUAUAUUCUCAGUAGUUAUUAUAGUGUAUAAUAAAUUAUAGAUUAUUAUGUUAAAAGAUUAAA